AUUAUAGCUGGAAACUCUUGCAUGGCAAGUUUCUAAUUAAUAAAAGUAUUUACGCAACAAGCAAUCUUUAUAACUACUAGCAAACGAAUUGUAUUUAGAGAAAUAAGUUUCACAGUUAUUAAAAAUUCCAAAACAAUCAAAAAUAAUAACGAGGAUAUACAGCUUAUAAUUCUCAUGUGGAUUUGGUUUCCGACAUGCAGAUAAAGGAAAACAAGUGUCUUAUAUUCACUUUUGUUGAUCCUAUCAUGUCGCUCAUCGUGAGUUGCCAGUAUUAUUAAACUCGUCGCGAGAACAUAAUUUUAGCUAUGUACUUUUUUAUUCUUAACAAUUAUUUGCUCUAAUCAUGGCGUUGAAGAACAAAGUGAUAUUUUCAGUAAUAUUGAUAAGUGAAUUCAUGAUUAAUUUUUCAAUAGCAAUUAAGCAGAGACCUAAUAUCUUAAAAAAUGGAGGAGAACAUACUAUCGACCUGAAUUCAAACUACACUCUUGUUUGUGAAGGAAAUAAAAAACUAAAGUGGACAAUUCCUAAAGUACAGAAAGAAAAUAUGAAUAGAUGGACAAGAUUUGAGACGGAAGAAGUUCAGUACAGAACUCAAUACAGACUAAGUUUGCAUAUAUAUAAUAUGUCCUAUCCAUUUGUCGGUUUUUAUAAUUGUUCAUUCGACAAUAGUGAAGAUAACAAUAGCAAUCAAAAUGACGGAAUAUAUCUAUUCGUUAACGAUGAGAAUAAUUUAGCAGUAUUUGAUAGAAGCUUAAAUAUUUUCGUUAGAAAAGGUGACAUUGCUGAAAUGCCUUGCCGACCAACAUCACCAGCGGUUAAUGUUAGUCUAAAAAUGAUGGAUAGGUGCUCGGGAGAGGUUCCAUUGAACGUCCUUACUAAAAAUCACAACAUGUACAAGUACAAUCACUAUAAAGGUAUUUCAACCAAUGACACCAGAGAAUUACAAGAAACUCUCUAUAUGUGUAUAUUUCAAAGAGACAAGAAAAAAAUGACAAUAAAGACUUUCUUAACAGUUGAAGAUAGCGUUUCCUCUCUUUCUCCCCCCGUGAUUAUGGAUCAAAAUAAGGGACAUACAGUUGUAGGUGGAAACAUACAUCUAAAUUGUAAUUUACGAUAUCCUGAAGUCAAUAAGGAAUUUUUAUGGAUACCACCCAAAGGACAAAUUAACACAAAAAGAAUGGUAAUCAAAUUUGACGAUACAAGAAGCUCCUUAUUAAUAGCUAAUGCGACAUUAGACGACAGGGGAACUUACGUCUGCAAUGUGUCUGACCAUCAGGGCCAUUUUAAUGUUUCAAACAUUACAGUAAAUGUUUUUGAUAAAACAGAACAAUUCAUUUCGAUGUACGACGUAGACAAUUCCAGUUAUCGGGAAACAAAGGACGGAGAUGAAUAUGUGGAAUUAAAAGCUGAGGUAUGGGGCCAUCCACAACCUAAUUUCACUUGGUACAAUAAUACUGGAAAUGAAAUUGCCUCAGAAAACGACAAGUACGAAGUAACUUACAGUCAAGAACUGAACAUUACUAGUUUGAAAAUUAAAAAUAUCAAUAUAGAUGACUAUGGUAAUUAUACCUUAAUUGGAAACAAUGGAAUCAAAAAAUACCUUCCAUUUUUCGUGAACGUUUCAGCCAAGCCUUCUGUGUCUCUUAAGACCGCCCAUUUCCACUUAUUACGCGAAGAAGGUACUGUGCAAUGCGUUACUAAGGGAAAUCCCACUCCCAAAAUAACGUGGGAGGAUGACUCUUAUCUGAAACUAAGAUAUGGUAAUAGCCACGUAAGUAUAUCAGAAGGUAAAAUAAUAAAGAACAAUCCACCAAUAUUAGUUUCUGAACUAAAGAUAAAUGCAACUCAAUCAGUAGCCGUAAAGUGUAUUGCAACUAAUGUAAUAGACUCUGUUUAUGGAAUUAUUCGAUAUAAUGUUACUGAUGUUCUCGAAGGAUUUGAUAUCUCUGGAUUUGCUGAUACGGCAAUAGUUAAUUUGGUCUCCAAAACAGCUGUUUACGCUAUAGGUGAAAAUGUUUCUUUGAAAUGUUCAGUUGAUGCUUCAUAUUACAGUGAUGUCGCUUGGUUGUUAGAUGGAAAUUUUAUUCAAGAGACCAAAAGAAUGAAAUUUAAAAAUAGUAGUACUAAUUAUUCAUCUAGUAUAACGUUAAAUAUUGACAAUAGUAAUAGAGAUGACUCCGGAAUAUACAUUUGUCAGGCAUUAAUUCGCAACGGAGGAACAGAAACUAAGUACAUAAAUCUUACAAUAACAGAUCCAAUCAAAACUGAAAUUAUAUCUACAAACAUGGAGAAAGAAAUGGUUGAAAAUUUUCCAAAAUCUAUUACAAUGCGUUGUAUGGUUAAAGGAUUGCCAAAACCCAAAAUUUUUUGGUACAAGGACGGUAUUGAUUUCGAAGUAAACGGAUCUAGAAUACAAUUUGAAGAAGAGAAGCAAAUUCUUAUAUUUAACGAAACCGUGGCAGCGGAUGCUGGAAAUUAUAAAUGUGUUGCUGUAUACAAAAACAAUCGUGACUUUCGUGAGGUGACACUUAGAUUUAAAAAUGCCCCACAACCUGUACAAGAUUGGUUAAUUGUUAUAAUAGUAUUACUUUUGUUUGUCCUUGUUGUUGUAGUUGCCUAUUUGACACUAAGAGUGAAAAAAGAAAGGAAACUCAAGAGAGAGUUAGAAAUAUUAGGCUUAGCUAAUUUUGAAAAAGGUGCUGUAGAAAAUAUUAAUCCUGAAUUAGGAAUAGACGAUCAAGCGGAGCUCCUGCCCUACGAUAAAAAGUGGGAAUUUCCAAUUGAACAGUUAAAAUUAGGUAAGCAAUUAGGAUCGGGUGCUUUCGGUGUAGUUUUAAAAGGAGAAGCUAAAUAUAUAAUAGAAGGCGAACCAAUAACGACAGUUGCAGUGAAAAUGACCAAAAAAAAUGCAGACAACACCUAUUUAAAAGCACUAGCUUCUGAAUUGAAGAUAAUGGUUCACUUAGGAAAACAUUUAAAUGUUGUCAAUCUACUUGGAGCUUGUACAAAAAAUGUUGCCAAGAGAGAGCUGUUGGUGAUUGUUGAAUACUGUCAAUUUGGUAAUCUACAAAAUUAUUUACUGAAACAUCGCGACCAUUUUGUAAAUCAAAUCGAUUCGCAGACGGGGAAAAUUAAUUACCUCAUUGGCCAGGAACUUCUAGAUAGAACGUAUUCUCUAUCGAGCAACAGAAGCAAUGUUAACUCUCCCUUGAUGAAAUAUGCAGCUUUGGGUUUUUCGGAUUCUCGAAGUGCUAUGGGUGAUUAUAGAGUUCAUCAAAAUUCUUUUAGUACCGAAAUUACUACAUCGAAUCCAGGCGAUGAUGGCGUUCUACUCAGUAACAAUAGUACACAGCCAGAGUGGCGUUCAAAUUAUAAAGGGGAUUAUAAAGGAACAGUGAAACCUAUAAGUACGAAGGAUCUCAUCAUAUAUUCGUUUCAAGUUGCCAGGGGUAUGGAAUAUUUGGCUUCACGAAAGGUACUACAUGGUGACUUAGCUGCUAGAAAUAUUCUCUUGAGCGAAGAUAAUAUCGUGAAGAUCUGUGAUUUUGGACUAGCUAAGAGCAUGUACAAAAAUGAUAAUUACAGAAAAAAAGGAGACUGUCCUUUGCCAGUGAAAUGGAUGGCCAUCGAAUCUAUUAGAGAUCGAGUGUUUUCUACACAGUCUGAUUGUUGGUCCUUCGGAAUAGUUUUGUGGGAAUUUUUUUCUCUGGGCAGAUCACCAUAUCCUGGGAUACCAGCAGAUGAAAGACUAUACCAAAAAUUGGUGGACGGUUAUAGAUUGGAGAGCCCUGAUUAUUGUCCAAAAGAAAUCUACCAAAUAAUGACAGAAUGUUGGUCUGUUAAACCAGCUUUGAGACCGAGUUUCACGAAACUGACUGAAAGAAUUGGUACUUUACUUGAGGAUACAUUGAGAAAACACUAUGUAGACCUCAAUGAUCCAUACCUUGCAAUAAAUACCAAAAUGAUGCAAUCGUAUAGUGAUUAUCUUUCUAUGUUGAGUCCACCCAAUUUCGAUGUAAUUGUAAGUCCAAAUUACGUUAAUGAUAUAAUGACAAAUUCGUCUCCUUCCGAAGAUGGUUACAUGAGUAUGAAACCUAAUACCAUCUUCAGUCCUCGCAUUACAGAUGAUGGAGAAGUAUUUAAUUUUGAUUUAAAACACAGAAGGAAUCGUUCAUCGAAUGAAACCAAUGGUCAUGAGUUGAUGCCAAUGCUACAAAGUGACGUACACGACAAUAAUGAUAAAAUUCUUCCUGCUAGUCCUGCUGGAGUAUCAAACCCAAGUUACCAUCUACCACCAAAGAUUAUGGAGAACGACAUCAAGGACAAAACUAUGAUUUUAAAAUCAGUUGAUAACUAUGUGAACAUGCCGGAAAAUAAAUGUUUAGUGAAAGAAAAUACCGUGGAUGAUAGUGGAAAUAUUAUGAACUUGAACGAGAAAAGAGGAAAAUAUGGUUGUGCAAAUUAAAUUAACCAAAAUUUAAACAAAAAGCAAGUUCAAAAUCUAUUUUUGUCUGAGGACAUAUUGUAAAUAUACAUUAAGUACUUAGUUCAAUAACAUGAAUCAAAAACAAUGAAUCGGUUAAAUUAAGUGCCUUAAGCUAGAACGAGAGAACAUUUAUAGUGUAGUAGUAUGAAUCAAAUAAAGUUUGUUUUAUAAAGUGAACGGAAAUAUUUUUAACGCAUUGAUAUAGUUGCUUAUGAGGUGAUGUAAUAAAAAUAUACGCAGUUAUAGAACUGGAAUUCUUUUGCAUAAAAAGCGCUUUAAAUAUUUCCAUGAAUAUGUCAAAUUAUUCGAUUAAAGAUAUCAAAUAUA